CGCUCUAGAAGGGCUCACGCGGUAGCCUACUCCGAUGCAGGUCACUGUAAGCCAUAUGGCUUAUAUAACCCUUAAAUAUUAUAACUGAAAAGCUGAUGCAUGAUUUGUACUGGAGCUUACUCUGAAAUGUGGCCAAGUUCAUGAGUCGACGGAGGAGGGCUGUUUGUAGCGUACACAGGGACUUCACCAUUUUGUCUCCUCGUCGUCCUCAUGGAGCGACUCUACUGGGUUCGUCACAGAUGUCUGCAGCUGAUAUCCACAGACAGGAGGAGGGGCUGGUACUCUCCUCCUUCAUCACUUGCCCCUAAGAGUAGUCUGGAUGCUCAGGACCCUCAGCGACUCAGUGGAAAGAGAAGAGUAGUGGUGUCACGAUGUGGUCCACACCAAGCAGAGUACCACAACUUCUCCAAGGGCUUUCAGGACAACAGCAUCCGCACCACCAAGUACACACUCAUCAGCUUCAUACCCAUGAAUCUGUUCCAGCAGUUUCACAGAGCAGCAAAUCUGUACUUCCUGUUUCUGGUGUUGCUGAAUUGGGUCCCAGUAGUGGAAGCAUUUCAGAAGGAGAUUACUAUGAUCCCUCUAGCUGUGGUGCUCACCGUCAUUGCCUUCAAAGAUGCCAUGGAGGACUACAGACGUUACCGCUAUGACAAGAAGAUAAACAACACACUGACACAUGUCUAUAGCGGGAAGCAGAAGCGGUAUGUGGAGCGGCGUUGGGCAGAGGUGUGUGUCGGUGAUCUGAUCCGUCUCUGCUGUAAUGAGAUCAUUCCUGCUGACAUGCGGCGUUGGGCAGAGGUGUGUGUCGGUGAUCUGAUCCGUCUCUGCUGUAAUGAGAUCAUUCCUGCUGACAUGGUGCUGCUGCACUCAUCUGAUCCUAAUGGAGUGUGUCACAUCGAGACGGCCAACCUGGAUGGAGAAACCAACCUCAAGCAAAGGCAGGUGGUCCGUGACCUGCCACAGCAGGGAUCUGAAUUUGUUCCAGAAAACUACAGCAGUCGCAUUGAGUGUGAAAAUCCCAACAAUGACUUGAGACGGUUCAGAGGCUUCAUGGAGCAUCCUGGUAAAGUGCGGGUUGGACUCCACAGUGAAAACCUGCUCCUGAGGAGCUGCACUGUUAGGAACACAGAGACUGUGAUUGGCAUUGUGGUCUAUGCAGGUCAUGAGACAAAAGCAAUGCAGAAUAACAGUGGGCCGCGCUACAAACGAAGUAAACUGGAGUGCAGACUCAACAUGGACGUCCUCUGGUGUGUCGUUUUACUGUUGCUCAUGUGCCUUACUGCUGCUGUAGGUCAUGGUUUUUGGUUGAGUGGACUACAUAAUCCCAUCUUCAUGAUCCCUGAUGACACGCACCCUGCGCUCGCUGCCUUUUACAUGUUCUGGACUAUGAUCAUUGUUCUGCAGGUGCUAAUUCCCAUUUCUCUCUAUGUGUCGAUAGAGAUUGUGAAGCUGGGACAGAUUUAUUUUAUUCAGAAUGAUUUAGAUCUGUAUAACCCAGUACUAGACACAGGAGUGCAGUGCAGAGCACUGAACAUCACAGAAGAUCUUGGACAGAUCCAGUUCCUGUUCUCUGACAAGACGGGAACCCUCACAGAGAACCGCAUGCUGUUCCGCUGCUGCACUGUUGCAGGAACUGAGUACCCUCAUCAUGAGAAUGGAAUUUCUCUGGAACAGUAUGAGGAGCAGGGCUGUGGUGAUGCCGAUCACUCUCUCACCCUGAAGUCACGCACUAGCAGGAAGUCUCUGAGCUGUAAAUCGCUCAGCUGCAACCGGAGUUCAGUGUCCCUCAAUACCCUCACUGCGGAGUCUGACACGCACUCAGUCCACAACACACUCCGCAGACACACACCCGGAGCCUUCAGCAGCACCAUGGAGUGUGCUGUUGUUCCAGACCCUCAGCUUCAGGCGAAGCUGAACACCCUGUCUUUACCCAUGCGUUCCCCUAUCCGACAGGAAGCUGCUGAAAUCUCUCACAUACUGGACUUCUUUCUUGCCCUCACUGUCUGCAACACUGUAGUAGUUUCCUCACCCACUCAGCCAAGACAUGUGGUUCAGAUGCCCAUGGUUCGCACACCCCUGCGCUCUCUAGAGGAGAUGAAGGCCAUGUUUCAGAAGCUGAGUCUGCCUCGCUUUCCCUCAUCACCUAAUCAAAACACAGACACUCUUCCCAGCCUAACCAAGAAACUCUUCACCCGGGGUCGUUCGGCUUCCUACUUUCCUAACAGUAGCCCACAAACACCCAUCACGACCCUACAGUCUCCCACCAUACCCUCUGGCACCCCUUCAAAUACCCCACCCACUCCCGUCACUCCAGCACUGUCCAGUGGGGCGUGGAGCAAGAACAUGGACGACAUACAAAAGGCCAAAGAUAACUCUGCUGAGUCGGAGAGUGAUGAUGAAGAUGAGGCAGAAGAGUUGCUGUACGAGGCGGAGAGCCCGGAUGAGGCGGCAUUGGUGCAAGCAGCGAAGGCCUAUGGGUGUACUCUGCUGGGCCGGUCCCCAGAGCAAGUCCUUGUGGCUGUUCCAGGCACUGGGCCACUGUCCAUCUCUCUGCUACACGUACUGCCAUUUCAUUCUGCCCGCAAGAGGAUGUCUGUGGUGGUGCGCCAUCCCCUCACUGGAGAGGUGGUCGUUUACACAAAAGGAGCUGAUAAUGUCAUUAUGGAGCUGGCUGAAGCAGCUGACGAUGGUUUCUCUAGGGAGAUCAUGGAACGGACGCAGAGACACCUGGACCAGUAUGCAAGAGAUGGACUGCGCACUCUCUGUGUUGCUAAAAAAGUAUUGGAAGAGCAGGAAUACAAAGCCUGGUUGAAGAGACAUGAGCAUGCAGAAACCAGCAUUGAAAACAGAGAAGAGCUUCUGCUUGAAUCUGCCGAGAGACUGGAAACUAAUCUCACAUUAUUGGGGGCGACGGGUAUAGUAGACCGCCUGCAGGAGGAAGUGCCUGAGACCAUUGAGGCUCUGCAGGAAGCUGGGAUUAAAGUUUGGGUCCUCACAGGGGACAAACAAGAGACGGCUAUUAAUAUUGCUUUUGCUUGCAAACUCCUCAGAUCUACAGACCACAUAUUGAUGGCCAAUUGUGACAGCAAGGAGACAUGCGAGGCUCGACUUCAGGAGUUACAACAUGAGAUCAGACAGGUCACAAAGGAAGGCACAUCUGAAGAUGAUAGUUCUGACAGUGUGUUGGUCAUUGAUGGCCAUACGCUGGACUACGCUCUGCAGAAGGAGCUACAGGGGUCAUUCCUGGACCUUACAUGCUGCUGUCGUUCAGUCAUAUGCUGCAGAUCCACCCCUCUGCAGAAGAGCCAAGUGGUGCAGCUUGUCAGAGACAAGCUGAAGGUCAUGACCCUGGCUAUAGGUGAUGGAGCCAAUGAUGUCAGUAUGAUUCAAAUGGCAGAUGUUGGCAUCGGCAUCUCAGGCCAGGAGGGCAUGCAGGCGGUGAUGUCCAGUGACUUUGCGAUCUCUAGAUUUAAGUUCCUGAGAAAGCUCAUUUUGGUUCACGGUCAUUGGUGUUACACUCGUUUGGCUAACAUGAUCCUCUAUUUCUUCUACAAGAAUGUGAUGUAUGUGAACCUUUUGUUCUGGUACCAGUUUUUCUGUGGAUUUUCAGGCAACACAAUGACCAACUCGUGGGUUUUAAUCUUCUUCAACCUGCUCUUCACCUCCGUCCCUCCAAUCAUAUAUGGCGUGCUGGACAAAGAUGUGUCCAGCGAGAUGCUCCUAGAAGUGCCUGAUCUCUACAAGUAUGGACAAAACUCGCAGGCCUAUCUUCCGUCAACGUUCUGGCUGAACAUUCUUGAUGCUUUUUACCAAAGCCUAGUGUGUUUCUUCAUACCUUACUUUGCAUAUGCAGGGUCUGAUAUUGGGGUAUUUUCUUUUGGCUCUCCAAUCAACGGCUCUGCUCUCCUCAUCAUCCUCAUGCAUCAGCUCAUAGAGAGUCGCACAGUGACAUGGAUACAUGCUGCAUUGCUGCUCUUCAGUGUCCCAAUUCAAGUAGAUAGGAUCUGUGCUUGUAUGCCUUUUACCUGCAUAGAGAAUAGAUGCCCAUGGGCAUUACCACAAUGGCUGGUAAAAAAAAGACUGGCCAAACUUUAUUGGGAUCAGUCACUCAUGGUUUUAUCUUGUCUUAAAGGCAGUUCUUGAUGGUACAGUGUAAUUAACUCUUGUCUCUUUCUGUGUCACAGGAUCCUGUUUCGUGCCUUUUGUAACGCUAUCUGUCCAUCUGACCUGGUGAGAGCACAGAAAAUGGAGAGACUCUCAGCACAAGACUAUUCCAUGAGUUUACGGCAGUGGAAGGAGAACAAAGCUGCUCAAAGACUGUCCUCCAGACACGUCCCUCGGAACCUCAGUGUGAAUGCUGACAUGCCCCAUUUAACAGAUUGUAUCUCUGAAGCAGGCGCUGUUCUCUCAUGACCAAUAAGGAAGUUGCCCUUGAUCAUAUAAACAUGGUCAUUAGUUCAAAUAAUGACUGCAUAUCCUUGCACUUUAUUGAUUGGCAGAUACUCUGACCAGUCAGAAGCCAGAUCUGGCUUUUCUCUGCCCAAUAAGUGUUUUCGCAGUGAUGUACAGUACCUGUACUUGGAGUCUGGCUUCUGUAGACAAAAAAUAUUCAGAGAAUUGUUUACAUUUCACAAGGCUGUGCCUGUGACAUUUUUAAUUACAAAUGCACUCCAGCAUUAUGCAAGAACGUCAGAGUUGUGAGGAUGGAUUGUGGGUCAGGACCUGGCUAGUGUAUGCCAAGAUACUGGCUACUUUGCUCCUACUUUAAUGCAAUACUCCAUUUUUGGUUAUUGAGGGUAAAAAAUUCAGAACUUCACAACUGCAUAGACCAUGAAAAAAUGAGCUUGCACACUUCCCUUAACACUAACAUAUGCUUAACUCAAAAUUCCCACAGUCAUGUUUCAGAUGCUAUAUUCUAGCAAACUGCAAAUGACGGUUGAGACUAUAGGAAUGAUCAAAUUAUGAUUUUUCCCCCCCUGGUAAUCACUUAAUAAUUAGGAAAAGCAUGACUGAGUCUGUUUGAAAUCUGUUCAUGGAGAACUUUAAUACCAUGAGAACUUUACAAUAAGUGAACUUUCCCUGCUCAAGAAUAAAAUGAGGUGAACAUAAAUGAGAGCUAAUGUAUUUUGUGACCCGAGGUCCUUGAUGUCCAUUUGUGUGUUCAAUCUGACAGUGAACAUGCCGACUGCAUGCAUUACAAAUGGACAAGUUCAGUAUUUUAUGAUAAAUGCUAGAUUGCUUUUUAUACUUAACUGCAAUUUUAUUUUUAUUGCAAAAGUGAACGCUUGCAUUUUGAAAAUGUGAAUUGAUAAUCCAGAAUGAUCAUCUAAGAUGAUUUCCAGUCAUUGGCUAGAAAACAUUAUUUAUCAUUUUACAUCUUUUGUGAGC